CCGCGAGUCAUAGGUUACCGACCUUCGCGUUAGGAUGAAAUUCAGACCCGUCGAAAUUUCUCUCGGUUACCAUCGAGACAAACAAAGGCAUUCCGGACGAGUUAACGAUGCGCGCGCUAGUCGCACAAUCCUCUACGCUUCGUCCCACUUUCUUCGUCCUAGUCUCCUGAAUGUGGGUCCCCCCGAUGUCGUGUCUCACAAUCAGUCUUGUACUCAUCUUCGCAAGAGUAAUACCAUGUAACGUCGUGAUAAAGUCAAAGCGAACGGUGGGGAUUCGCGAACCAGGUGUAUCAUCCAAGUCGUAUAGCGUUCGAUAAGUUUCAAACGCAUUGAUACGGUGGGGAGCGAACGUCAUUCCCGCCACAUUCGACCACACGAGCCAUGGUGCUUUUCGGUGAUUCAAGUUCAGACUUCAGUUUCAGUCCAGUCGCUCUUUUGGGGGUCUCUCGAGUUACGUACGCGGUCUCGGUCUCGGUUCGAUAGGUGCGCGAACGAUCAAGUUCCCAAGACGCCGGGUGUGCAUUAUAGAUGCACAAGCCGCAGCGUUCACAGGGACACCACGUAUGGACGCUUAAGGAAAAUAUUCGCUGCGUGGUUAUCGUUAACGCUUCCAAACACGUUUCGACAGUUUUGUGCGUUCGGUUGCCGUUGCCGCCUCGGGAAAAUAAACAAACAAACCGUCGAGAACAACCUUGGAUGGCCAAGUCCGGUUUCAGAACGAUCGAGCGAUCGAAGUUAUGGAGGAAAAUGUCUACGUUACCGUGGAAAGAAGUUUCGAAGGCGAUCAUGUUUUUCUAGCGACACAUUCGCGGCGUUAAUGGUUUUCUGAAUAAAUCAGAGGAGCAGAAGAAAUUCUUCGAGCGCAAUACAAGAUCGACAUGUGCUGCUGGAGCUGGACUUUACUCUUGGUCGUAGCGAUAAGCUCCACCAGCGUGCAGCAGCCGAUUUUCUUCAAGAACACGUUCAAAGGGUUGAAUGGUGUCACGCCGAGGAUCAAUUCCCUCGACAAGGGUGAAAUAACGGCGGUCUAUUAUUACGAUCAGACGAUCGCGGUGGUGGAAAUCGGUACCAACAACGAACUGCACGACUGCAACCUAAUCGAAGUCUACGAGCCAGACCAGGCCAACGCAGUUUUGAGAAACCUGUCGUCUACGACGAUUCCACAGCUGGUAUCUUUCAGGGAAAUAACGAAGCUAAUGCAGCAAUGCGAUCUGUUGGACAGAGUGCAACGCGAUGCUUUGGCCACUUCUAUGUCUGGCACUUUGAGCAGAGGUACCCGUGUAGUGGGCAGCUCCUUAUCUCUGCUUUCGGGCAUUCUGCCAGGAACAAAGUGGUGCGGCACGGGGGACAUUGCCGAGAAUUAUCAUGAUUUAGGUCAGGAAGCAGACAUCGAUAGUUGCUGUCGAAAUCAUGACCUCUGCCCUGUUAAAGUUCGCGCACAGCAAACGCGAUACAAUCUCACCAACUAUUCCUUAUAUACUAAGUCGCAUUGCGACUGCGACGACGCGCUGUACAACUGUUUAAAAGCUGCUCACCAUCCGACGGCCAAUAUCAUGGGUCACAUUUACUUCAAUUUAGUCAAAGUACCUUGCAUAGAAGAUGUAGCGAGGAACGAACGUACUUCCAUGAGGAUAGAACGCCAAUUUAUUCCCGUUAAAAUGAAUUAUUGAAACGAAUUUAUUGUGUUGCAAGUCGUCAAUUUUAAACGCAGUUUGUAACACAGAAUGAUAAUUUUAAUAUUUUUGUAUGAAAAAUACUGUACAAUUCUCUUAGGGCAUGAAAUUGGAAAGGGAAUUUUACAAUUACCGUUAAUGUUAUAUAUGUAAAUAUUGUAGUCGAUAUAUAUAGUAAAG